AGCACUAGGACGCAAGUAAGGACACAUGCAUCUUACAAACUCAUAAAUGAUGCUAUUAGAUUGUUAAUGAAUAGUUGUGAGGGUUGUCAUUAAAGGAGCUAGUGAGGGACAUGGGACAGUGUUCUGCCACACGACAAGUGACUGAAGAGACAGGAGCAGGACAGCGCGCGCUCGUCUUAUAGCUUUCACGCCAGCCGUGUCCACGUUUGUUUUUACGGCAUGAUUCCAACAUCAGCUCUUGAGAAGGACAGAUACCCAUGGGAUGUUGGGCGACAAGGUUUAACCUGCACCUGAAAGCGCCCUCCAGACUGUCCGUGUUCUUCACCAUGAUCAUUCUGGUCACCUAUGUGUUCUACUGUCUGAGCGGAUCCUGCGAUUUCACACCGAUCCCAGUGCGCGAGCGCAGACCCACUCUAUCCCAACUCCAUCAGGACCGGAACGCAUCCAACCAGCGCGACUUUACAGCCCGAGGAGGCACUGAAGAAGAGACGAGACAUCUUUCCGGGGACAUUUCCAACUCCAACCUGUCGAUAUCCGACAGUUUUGGGAGUAAAGAGUUCCCGCAAGCCAUCAUCAUCGGCGUGAAGAAGGGCGGCACGCGCGCGCUGCUCGAGUUCCUGCGCGUCCAUCCCGACGUCCGAGCUGUGGGCGCAGAGCCGCACUUCUUCGACAGGUUCUACGAUAAAGGGCUCGAGUGGUACAGAAAUCUAAUGCCCCGUACUCUGGAGGGACAGAUCACAAUGGAGAAGACCCCCAGCUACUUUGUGACACGUGAAGCCCCUCGUCGUAUCUUCAGCAUGAACCACAACACUAAACUGAUCGUGGUGGUGCGGGACCCGGUCACUCGGGCUGUCUCCGACUACACGCAAACUCUCUCCAAAAACCCAAGGCUUCCCUCCUUCCAGUACCUGGUCUUCAAAAACUCCAGCUCAGGCCUGAUCGAUACAUCAUGGAGUGCCGUGCGCAUCGGAAUCUACUCCAAGCACCUGGAGAACUGGCUCCGGUACUUUCCGCUCUCACGCUUGCUGUUCGUAAGCGGAGAGAGGCUUGUAACGGACCCAGCGAGCGAGAUGGAGCAAGUGCAGGACUUUCUGGGCUUGAAGAGGCUUGUCACCAACAAACACUUCUACUUCAACCAGACAAAAGGCUUCCCAUGUUUAAAGAAGCCCGAGGGGAGCAGCAGGCCGAGGUGUCUUGGCAAAUCAAAAGGCAGAGCUCAUCCUCACAUACCUUCUGAUGUGUUGUACAAGCUCAGGGACUUUUACAGGCCUUUCAAUCUGAAAUUUUAUCAGAUGACAGGCCAGGAUUUUGGCUGGGAAUGAAAGCUAUCCAGAGCUCAGUGAUUAAGGCUCCAUUGCCAAUGAUACUGGUGAGCCUUUAUGCAAGGCCCUUAACAACCCCAUGCUUCAGGGAGUUGUAUAAGAGCUGACUCUGAGCAUGGACCCCCCAGUGAUUGGAAUGGAUGAAAAGUCAACAAUUUUCCCUUUGAAUGCUUAACAUAGGAAUAUAAAAGUGCUGGCUGUAGCAAAGUAUUUCUCCUUGUUUGAUUCAGUGAUUACAAUGUCAACACCAUUCCAAUAGCUAUUAACUUUUUUGAAAGUUUAUUAUGACUGUUGAGUUGUUAUUACAGUA